AUGCUGGGAGCCGCCCAGGACGGUGGAUGGCUUUUUUGGGGAGUGAUGGCGUGUGGGAGACGGAGCGGAGACAGAAAGAGGCGAGUGAUCUUGUUUAUUCUGUGUGUUUGCGUGUGUCAGAGCGGGGCUGAAACCCUCCGCUACUCGCUGCCGGAGGAAAUGGAGAGGGACUCCUUUGUCGCCAAUAUCGCCAAGGACCUGGGGGUUCCUCUGAGCCAGCUUGCGGCGCGCAAAGCCCGCGUUGUGUCCGAGGGGAACGAGCAGCUUUUCCGACUCAAUCAAAACACCGGAGUCCUGACGGCAAAGGAAUCGCUGGACCGAGAGGAGAUCUGUCCUCAGAGCGAUACCUGCACUCUCGUCUUUAAGAUAUUCUUUGAAAAUCCAUUGCAGCUUAUCCGAGGGGAAGUGGAAGUUCGUGACGUAAACGACAACUCGCCCGUGUUUCCCGAGAAGGAGAUGGUUUUAAAAAUUAUAGAAACAGCAUCUCCUGGCUCCCGUUUCCCCCUGGAAGGCGCCCAGGACAAGGACGUGGGCAUUAACGGUUUGCAGAACUACAGCCUCGCGCCCAACCCUCAUUUCUCCCUCGCUCUGGGAACAGGAAAAAAUGGAGUAAAAUACGUGGAGCUCGUCCUACAGCAUCAGCUCGAUCGUGAAGAGCAGGGAGAGCUGAAUUUACUUCUGACCGCCACAGACGGGGGGUCACCACCCAGGUCCGGCACGGCUCAGGUCCGGAUCCUGGUGCUGGAUGCCAAUGAUAACUUCCUGCCCGUGUUUCCCGAGAAGGAGAUGGUUUUAAAAAUUAUAGAAACAGCAUCUCCUGGCUCCCGUUUCCCCCUGGAAGGCGCCCAGGACAAGGACGUGGGCAUUAACGGUUUGCAGAACUACAGCCUCGGGCCCAACCCUCAUUUCUCCCUCGCUAUUGGAACAGCGAAAGAUGGAGUAAAAUACCUGGAACUUGUCCUACAGCGUCAGCUGGAUCGUGAAGAGCAGGGAGAGCUGAAUUUACUUCUGACCGCCAGCGACGGGGGGUCACCACCCAGGUCCGGCACGGCUCAGGUCCGGAUCCUGGUGCUGGAUGCCAAUGAUAACAUUCCUGUCUUCGAAAGGGAGACCUACGAGUCUAGGCUCAUCGUGCUGGUGCGGGACCGCGGGCAGCCGCCGCGCUCUGCCACCGCCACCCUCGCCGUGGCAUUGGUGGAUGGCUUCUCCGAAGCCCAUUUACGGGUGAGCGAGGAGGCACCGGCCGCCGAGCCCGACGAGCCGCUUACCCUGUACCUCAUCGCCUCGCUGGUCUGCGUGUCGGCGCUGUUCCUCGCCACCGCAGUGACCGCCGUGGUAGUGAAGGUGCGGCGGGCCAGGCGGAGCGAGACGGAGACUUUGCCCACGUUCCCAACGACUGCCACGGAGAGCAGCGCGGGCUCCCUGCCCCGCAGCUACGUGUACGACGUCUGCUUCGCCGCCGGGACCGUCAACAGCGAGUUCCGUUUCCUCAGGCCGCUCUUCCCCUGCUUCCCCGCCGGGCUGCCCCCCGGCCCGGGCGAGCAGCGGAGCUCGGUGUGCUCGCAGGAUGCGGCCAACCUCGGGGGCGGGGGCGACUGGACUGCGCAGGGCAGUGCUCCCGUCUCUGAAGAUACGGGGCCCAGAGCUGCAGGUGCAGUUUGCCCUGCAAACAGGGAGCUGGAGCUAAAUGUCAGUUCUGAGCAAAACCCUUGGCUCGCCCAUCAAUAA